AUGGCGAGGAGCGACCAGGCGCUGCUUGCUCUGCAGGUAGUACUUACUAUUGUGGGGCUUGCUGUAGCUGCAGGAAUCAGGACUUACCAGCAUGCUGCUAAUCUGAGCGGCACUCCGUUCAGCUUCUCAGAAGAUGACAACAAAUUCUUCGUUAUCGGCUGCAACACGGUGGCUUAUGUCAUACAAGAUGAUUCUAGCGUUAGGGGUUGCAUCUCAAGAUGCCUACCAGAAGAGAGGCUCAACAACGGCUCAUGCUCUGGAUAUGGGUGCUGUCGAACGGAGAUCCGGAGGAAUAUGUCAUCUUACAAGGUGUUCCUCAAAGAAAGCUACAACUCCACAGAGGAAUUGAGGUACAGGAGUCGUUGCAGCUACGUGAUGGUGAUGGAAGAAGCCGCACUUGACUACAGUACCACAUAUAUCGACUCCAUGAAAUUCUAUGACACAAGAAAGGGGCAGGUUCCAGCCGUGAUGGAUUGGGCAAUAGGCGGGUAUGCAUGCAAGGCAGCUCGACUCAAUGGGACGUCCUACGCGUGUGUUGGUAGAAACACUGAAUGUGUCGACACCUCGGUCGGGCAAGGAUAUCUGUGCAAUUGCUCCAGCGGCUACGAAGGCAAUCCCUAUACUAUAUCAAUGAGUGACUCGAUGUUGAGAAAUAUCCUUGCCCAGGGAUUUGCAAAAACAGGCCAGGGAGUUACACCUGCUCAUGUCCACCGGGAGAAGUACUGGCAUACGUGCCUAUUGGUGGUGGGGUCACAUAUUGCAGGGCUCCUACAACAAGGACAAAGUGGUCUGAAACUGAAGGCAAGAAAAGGAAGGAAUCUCAAAGAAAAGAACUUUAAGAAGAACCAUGGUUUGCUACUACAGCAAUUGGUUGAUAAAGAUAUCUCUGAAAAGAUGUUGUUUAGUCUGGACGAGCUAGAGAAGGCAACGAACAACUUUGACGAGACCCGAAAGAUUGGUAGGGGUGGACAUGGCACAGGUCCUCAAGCGCUAAGCUGGAGAGACCGCCUCAACAUUGCUGUUGCAGUAGCGAAUGCUCUAACAUAUUUGCACUCAUCUUCAUCAAUAUCAAUAGUGCACAGAGACAUAAAGACAGAUAAUAUCUUGCUUGAUGACUGCCUAACCCCAAAAGUAUCGGAUUUUGGUACUUCCAGACAGAUACCAAUUGACAAAACAGGGGUUACAACAGGUGUCCAAGGCACGUUCGGGUACCUUGACCUUGAGUAUUAUCAUACACACCGAUUAACUGAAAAAUUGGAUGUCUAUAGCUUCGGGGCAGUGCUUGUCGAGCUACCGACAAGAAAGAAACCGUUCUUAUUCCUGUCAUCGGUGCAGAUAGGUCUGGUCUCACAUUUUAAUUCACUGAUUACUUUGGACAAAGUAUGUGAAAUUUUGGACCCACAGGUUAUGCUGGAGGCUGGGAAAGAUGCCGAAACAGUUACAGGACUAGCUGCAACCUGCUUAGCUCAGAAAGGGGAUGAGAGGCCAACAAUGCGACAACUUGAGACAAGGUUACGAGAGUUGCUAGCAACUAGGAGGAACAAUAACAUCAACAAUAAAAAUGUCUCGGAGCAAAACAACGUCAGCAGAGAACUAUUUGCAGCAUAG